AUGGAGUACAUGCUGGUCGGUCUGAUAUUGAGAACGAGUACAGUGGGCGCGAUGAUGAGCACGAUGGUACAGGGAAGGAUGCUCACCGCGCGACAGGAUCGCGAGACCUUCCGCUUGAAUUUGAUGGCACAGGCAGCCCGUGGCUCCGCAGCAUCGGACGUGUGCUGUCUCAUCGUGGCGCGUGACUGGGGGCCUCUCUAUAUGGACCGUGCGAGGCAGAUUAUCCAACUGGUGCAGCAUCCGGACACAUGUAUUCAUGGACAGCAGGCGCUCUCGCAAAAGCUCAACCCGUUCAAGGAGAACGUCGAACGCCAGCAUCUCCACAGCAGCAUUACCAUGGCCAUGGCGACUAGUCCCCGGCAAGCUGAGUCUUCGUCAAGGGAGGCCUCGCUCAAAGAGAUUAUCGCACUCCUCAAUGAUCCCUCAUCCAAUGCUGCCAUCGGAGAUACUCGUACGUGGGAUGGUACGAUGGCCGAUGCUUCCGCUGCGGGUCGCGGCCCCCCCCCGCCGAUAUCUCAGCGACAGUUGAACAGCCCAGAAGACCAACUGCAAAGCGCUCUUUCAAAGGCCGGAGAAACGCAGACCUCAGAGGAAGCACACAAAGAGGCGUCACAAAACUCGGAUGAUACGAAGAUAUCAGAAGCCUGGAAGCUUUGCGCGGAACAGGCGUGGAAGAGAGAGGACCUGCUCGUUCAGAAGUGGAAGAACGAAAUCAGUUAUCUCUUGACUUUUGCCGGUCUGUUCUCGGCCGCCGGUCCACCGACAUUGGCUUGCUUGGCGAGUGAGCAGGAUGCGGCUACAAUUAUGUUGCCAAGACAAAUAAGCGUUGAACUCCUGGUCGGGUAUCUCGAAGAGAUCGCAGGCGGAAAGUUCGAGGCGGUGCCUCUGUUUCGGUACCUGAUGUCGAUGAUAGAAGCCGCGCCACCGGACGUGGCGCGCACAACUACAGACAUCUCUGUGCUGCGUUCGGUAAUACGCCCAUAUCUCCUGCAAGCACCCUCCGUGAUCACCAUUCUCCCCGUCCUUUACGAGGUCCUGGAGUGCCGAGCGCAAGGCGCGGACACGUCCGCCGACCCGCCGACAUUGACGUGGUCGAUGAAUGAGCAAGACGCCGCUGCAACCACGGCUCUCACAGAGAUAUGCAUUGACUUUCUGGACAAGUAUCUUUGCGAGAUCGGAAGCGGACAGUUUGAACAGGUUGCUUUAUUGGAUCAUUUGGCAUCAUCGCUUCACUCCAUGCCGCCUGAUGCCGCAAGGACAAUCUCCUGUCAGAUCAUGGAGACCCUCCGGACGUGCGGUCCCCAUGAUGCGACAUGGGAACAACGUCAUGAUCUAUGUGCUAUUUGGUCUGCUUCCUUCAUCGAUGAGGUUGUCCGCCCGAGCAUUCAGUCUGGGGGCCUUCCUCUGGAGAUUGCCCUUCAGGUCUACCAUAAUAUUGUCCGGUAUCGCAUUCGUGGCGUGGACUAUUCGCAAACAUGGUCUAGAAACACAAUCACUGGAGCCGAUGCCGAUGCCGUCACUGCCAUGGGUUAUCUAUCGCUAGAGAUGUUCACCAGGAUCAUGUCGGAGGUGACUGAUACGACAGAGCUUCACCGACAUCAAAUUCAAACCCUUGCUGUCAUACACAACCUCUUGGUGGAUGUUCCACAUGGCCUAUUAGCAGCCCUUCACGGCCUUGUUCGCCUAUUGCCUGCUCCAGAGCUCCAUCCACAAGUCCUGGACAUGCUUGUAUUCACCAUCUGGAACCUUGACGGGGGAUUCCGACUAGACAUCGAGGACACCCGGAAACUGCUCACAUUCCUACCGCACGCCCGCGAGCGGCUCAACACUGAGCAAUUCAUUAAGAUCACACGUUUAGCACUUCAGCACUCCGCACGACUCCCACCUGACGACUUUGGCUGUGUGUAUAGCGAUGUUUGCGGCGCGCUGGACAUCGUUGUUGAGUGCUUCCGCUCGUCUCAGAUGGGGGUGGCCCAGGCGGACGCCUGGUUGGCAUUCUCGAACCUCCUCGAUGUAUGCAUAGAGCUCGCGCGAGUGGAUAUUGCACGGCCAGCCGGCGAUGAUAGACAUUUGACCCGAGAUGUUGUCAAUGCACUGGAGCGCUGCGCAUCUCAAUGCCCCGAACGCCACAGCUUGAGAUUUUGGAUCAGACAUACAAUGCAGGAGAUAUGCAGUAUUUGCGGUUACUCUGCUGGCUCCGUCGCUGAGAAGCCACAAGAGGUGUCGAUGAAGCACCUAUGGAGCAUCCGUGGGCGGUUGAGGAGACUCGUGUGGUAUAGGUAA